AUGGCCUCCCCCGUUCCGGCCAGCGCUGAGUACUACGAUCUUGGCUCAUUUGGCCACCUUAUUACCACCACCAACACUGAUGCACAGAUUUGGUUUAACCGAGGUCUAACUUGGGUGUAUUCCUUCAAUCAUGUCGAAGGUGCUUAUUGUUUCGAACAGGCUAUAGCGCAUGACCCUGCCUGCGCGAUGGCGUACUGGGGUCUUGCGUACGCUGUUGGCCCAAAUUACAAUAAGCCAUGGGAAAAGUUCGAUCUAGGUGACCUACACACCUCUGUACAAAGAGGAUAUGAUGCAGUGCAAAAGGCCAAGGAGCAUGCUGCGAAUGCAACCCCUCUCGAACAAGCUCUGGUUGAGGCGAUCCAAUUCCGCUUCCUCACCAACCAGCCUGCUAAGGAUUACCCGGCUCUCAACAAAGGCUAUGCCGAUGCCAUGAAAGUUGCGUAUGAGAAAUUUGGGGAUGAUCUGAAUGUUGCGACAAUCUACGCGGAUGCACUGAUGAAUAUGACUCCUUGGGCCUUGUGGGAUCUCUUCACUGGAAAACCAAACCCCAAGGCUCCGACCCUGGAGGCGCAGGCUGUUCUUGAAAAGGCGUUAGCGCAAGAUGGCGCAGAUUAUAAUCCUGGAUUGCUUCACCUGUAUAUUCACUUUAUUGAAAUGUCCCCAGAUCCGGAAAUGGGUAUCAACGCUGCCGACAAAUUACGAAACCUUGUACCAGAUGCUGGCCAUGUUCAACAUAUGCCCACCCACCUAGACAUUUUGGUUGGUGAUUGGAGACGAUCUAUGGAUUCCAACUAUAAGUCUACUUUGGCAGAUGAUAAAUAUUUUCACAAGUCUGGUGGGAAAAACUUCUACACCUUCUACCGCCUCCAUGACUAUCACUCCUUGAUUUAUGCGUCAAUGUUCGCAGGCAGAUCAAAGGCUGCCCUUGAUGCGGUCACUCGGAUGGAAAACACAGUUCCCGAAGAAGUCCUUCGCAUCCAAUCCCCUCCAAUGGCAGACUGGCUGGAGCAGUUUAUGGGAAUUCGUUUACAUGUAAUGGUGCGAUUCGGCAUGUGGGAGGAACUCAAGCAGAAGGAACUACCACACGAUAAGGAGCUGUAUGCAGGUACAACGGCCACCGCUCAUUACGCAAGGGGCAUCGCUUUUGCGGCCACUGGUGACAUUCCCACCGCCCGGAAAGAACAAGAGCUCUUUCUCCAGGCUUGGUCUCGAGUCCCGGAAACGCGCCGCGCCUAUAACGGCAAGAUUGUGGAUGUUCUCAAAGUUGGCGCUUCAAUGCUGGACGGCGAAAUUGAGUACCGUUGUGCAAAUUACGACAAAGCAUUCGGGCAUCUUCGCCUUGCAAUUGAACUUGAAGAUAAGCUACCAUAUAGCGAGCCUUGGUCAUGGAUGCAGCCUGUUCGCCAUGCAUAUGCCGCGUUGAUGAUGGAGCAAGGGCAUCUAGAAGAAGCGGCGAAAAUAUACCGCGCGGAUCUCGGCCUGGACAAAUCUGUGAUUCGACCUCGCCGUCAUCCUAACAACGUCUGGUCUCUUCAAGGGUAUCAUGAAUGUCUUAUUCGACUCGGAGAGACGGAGAAAGCACUCAUGAUUGAACAAUCAACCAAGUUGGCCCUUGCUGCAGCAGAUAUUCCAAUCAAGGCAUCAUGUUUCUGUCGUUUGGAUACCACGCAAGCACCGGAGGUCCUUAACGGAUGCUCUUCUAAUAAGAAGUGUUGCUAA